AUGCCGUCAAUGGCACAGAUCUACUUCGAUCAGGUCGGAAACGCCGAUCCCGACCAGCUAGACACACUUUUUCUGGACAAUUCGACGACGAACGGGCGGAUGAGCGGUCUGGCGACGAGAUACGCCAAUUUAGAGAUGCUCUCAAUGGUGCGAUGCGGUCUGAACACCCUGGCCGGCCUUCCCGACCUCCCAUCGCUCUCCUACCUCGACAUCAGCGAGAAUGUGCUCGGUGAUCGCGCGUUUUUCGACGUUCUCGCCGUCAAAGCUCCGCAAAUCGAGAAGAUCUCAAUGACCGGGAAUGUGCUGGCGAUGGACCAUCUGCGAGCUCUGAAAUCGUUGCCGAAGCUCUCUGAACUGGAUUUAAUCAAUAAUUCGAAACUGGGAUUCAACUAUCGAGAGCGUGUGUUUCAGAUGAUUCCCUCGUUGAAGAUUCUCGACGGCUGCGACAUUGACGGUGAAGAAGUCGUCGACGAGACGUUCGGAGCAGAAGAUCAUCCAGAAGACGUGACCAAUGGAGCGAUGAUGCCACAUCAUCAUCAUCAAGAAUACGCUCAUCAUCAGAAUGGCCAUCAUCCACGCCUUCAGAAUCUUCCAGAAGACGUCGGGGGAGAAGGAGGAGAAGACGAAGAAGAGGAAGAGGAGGACGAUGAAUACGUCGACGUCGAAGAGGUCGAUGAUUCUGGAGCAGCGGCUUCUGGACACUUUCUAGACGACACAGCGUUUACUUACAACGAAAGCGCUUAUUAUAAUCCAGAGAACAGCAUGACAACUGCCAAUCAACAGCAGCUCCAGGAGCAACAACACUUUGAGCCACAAAUGCCACGUGGCAUCAAACGCGCCGCCGCCGCCUCGGAAAUCGGUCAUGAGCAGCCAGAAGAGAAGAAAGUUUUCGAAGAAUCUCAUUAA